AUGUCGGGGGUUGCCGCUGUGUCGCGCCUGUUGCGCGCCCGGCGCCUAGCGCUGACCUGCACGAAGUGGCCGGCAGCAUGGCAGACAGGAGCCCGCAGUUUUCACUUCACCGUUGAUGGCAAUAAGAGGUCGUCUGCUAAAGUUUCAGAUGCGAUUUCUGCGCAGUACCCAGUCGUGGACCAUGAGUUUGAUGCCGUGGUGGUUGGUGCGGGGGGGGCAGGCCUGCGGGCCGCGUUUGGCCUCUCCGAAGCAGGUUUCAACACAGCCUGUGUCACGAAGCUGUUCCCCACCAGGUCCCACACUGUCGCGGCCCAGGGAGGGAUCAAUGCCGCCCUGGGAAACAUGGAGGAGGACAACUGGCGGUGGCACUUCUACGACACCGUGAAGGGCUCUGACUGGCUGGGAGACCAGGAUGCUAUCCACUACAUGACGGAGCAGGCCCCCGCCUCCGUGGUGGAGCUGGAGAAUUACGGCAUGCCCUUCAGCAGAACUGAAGAUGGGAAGAUCUACCAGCGUGCCUUUGGCGGACAGAGCCUCAAGUUUGGGAAGGGCGGGCAGGCCCACCGCUGCUGCUGUGUGGCUGACCGCACCGGCCACUCGCUGCUGCACACGUUGUAUGGAAGGUCUCUGCGCUAUGACACCAGCUACUUUGUGGAGUACUUUGCCCUGGACCUCCUGAUGGAGGGCGGGGAGUGCCGUGGUGUGAUUGCUCUGUGCAUAGAAGAUGGGUCCAUCCACCGCAUCAGGGCCAGAAACACCGUCAUCGCCACAGGCGGCUAUGGGCGCACCUACUUCAGCUGCACGUCCGCCCACACCAGCACCGGCGACGGCACCGCCAUGGUGGCCAGGGCUGGCCUGCCCUGCCAGGACCUGGAGUUCGUGCAGUUCCACCCCACAGGCAUAUAUGGCGCUGGCUGUCUCAUCACGGAAGGCUGCCGUGGAGAGGGGGGCAUCCUCAUCAACAGCCAGGGUGAGAGGUUCAUGGAGCGCUAUGCCCCCGUCGCUAAGGACCUGGCGUCCAGGGAUGUCGUGUCCCGGUCCAUGACCCUGGAAAUACGAGAGGGAAGAGGCUGUGGCCCCGAGAAGGACCACGUGUACCUGCAGCUGCACCACCUGCCCCCAGAGCAGCUGGCUAUGCGCCUGCCCGGCAUUUCAGAGACGGCCAUGAUCUUUGCGGGCGUGGACGUCACCAAGGAACCCAUCCCUGUGCUUCCCACCGUGCACUACAACAUGGGCGGCAUCCCCACCAACUACAAGGGGCAGGUUCUGAGGCACGUGAAUGGCCAGGACCAGGUUGUGCCCGGCCUGUAUGCUUGCGGGGAGGCCGCCUGCGCCUCAGUGCAUGGCGCCAACCGUCUGGGUGCAAACUCACUCCUGGACCUGGUGGUCUUCGGCCGGGCGUGCGCUCUGAGCAUCGCGGAGUCCUGCAGACCUGGAGAUAAAGUUCCCUUGAUUAAACCAAAUGCUGGGGAAGAAUCUGUCAUGAAUCUUGACAAAUUGAGAUUUGCCAAUGGAAACAUAAGAACAUCGGAACUGCGACUCAACAUGCAGAAGUCAAUGCAGAGCCAUGCUGCGGUGUUCCGCGUGGGGAGUGUGCUGCAGGAAGGCUGCGAGAAGAUCAGUGGCCUCUACGGAGACCUGCAGCAUCUGAAGACAUUCGACAGGGGAAUGGUCUGGAACACUGACCUGGUGGAGACCCUGGAGCUGCAGAACCUGAUGCUUUGUGCUCUGCAGACCAUCUACGGAGCCGAGGCCCGGAAGGAGUCACGUGGCGCCCACGCCAGGGAGGACUUCAAGGAGAGGGUUGAUGAGUACGAUUACUCCAAGCCCAUCCAGGGGCAGCAGAAGAAGCCAUUUGAACAGCACUGGAGGAAGCACACGCUCUCCUACGUUGACAUCAAGACUGGGAAGGUCUCCCUGGAAUACAGACCUGUAAUUGACAGAACUUUGAACGAGACUGACUGCGCCACUGUUCCCCCAGCCAUCCGCUCCUACUGA